GGAGAAAAAGUGACACGUGGAUUACUCCUCCCAGGGCAUCAGGAACAACACGACCCUCUCCUCCCGCAGCUCCGUGAUCAGCGCAUGUCUCCCCCACCGGAAAGACGGUGAACGUGAAUAGCCGGAGCGAUUGACGAGAGGCUGCCGUGUCACCUCGCCUUGAAUGGCAGUAAUUCAAAAAUAUGGCAAGAACUAUAGUCAAGAUCUGGUGUGCCACAAGGAGAACCACCCGCCGGACAAGAGCGGAGCGGCCGGUAGUUAUAAGAAGUGGCCUGAACACUACAACAGCUGGCCCAGGCCUGUGGCGAGGAUAUGGACAGUGGUGCUGCUGCUUGGGACAUGCCUCCUCUACUGCGCCCGUGUGGCGAUGCCCAUCUGUGCCGUCAGUAUGGCAGAAAAGUUCAACUGGAGCAAGAGAGACUCAGGCAUGGUGCUGGGCAGCUUCUUCUGGGGAUACUGCUUCACCCAGGUGCUUGGAGGAUACGUCAGUGACCGAGUUGGAGGCGAGAAGGUCCUCCUGCUGUCUGCAGCUGCUUGGGGGUCAAUGACAGCUUUCACCCCAAUCCUGGCCCACCUCUGCUCCCAGCCGAUCCUCUCUAUGACACUGUCCCGCUUCCUCAUGGGUCUCCUGCAAGGAGUUCAUUACCCUUCUCUGGCAAGUCUGUGCUCACAAAAAGUGAUGGAAAGUGAAAGGGGCUUCCUGAUGAGCACCGUGGGAAGCGGCUCCUACUUGGGCACCCUGGUGAUUGGAGGGGCUGGCUCCCUCAUGUUGGACUUGUACGGCUGGGAGAGUGUUUUCUACAUCUCUGGCUUCCUGUCAGUCCUGUGGGCCUACUGCAUGUGGAAAUACCUACUCAAAGGAGAAGGGCCUAUAAUCACGCUCGAGUCCUUGGGCAGCGGUGGUACCCAGUCAAAGAUAACUAAACGACAUUGGAUACGGCUCCUCAAACAACCUGCAGUCUGCGCUGUGAUAGUGACGCAUCUCUGUGCAGCUAGCACUUUCUUCACUCUGCUAUCGUGGCUGCCAACAUUCUUUAAAGACACUUUCCCUGAUGCCAAGGGUUGGGUGUUUAAUGUCAUUCCUUGGUUGGUGGCCAUUCCCUCAUCUCUCUUUAGUGGCUGCCUCUCUGACCAUCUCAUCAGUCAAGGUUUUGAUACAGCCUCAGUCAGGAAGCUGAUGCAGUUUUUCUCAAUGGGUGUGUCCAGUGUGUUUACCAUACUUCUGUGUGGCAAAACCAGCUUCCAGUGGGCUGUAGCAUUUGUGUCAGCCACCAUGGGCCUCACCACCUUCAGUCACAGUGGUGUUUCUGUAAAUGUUCAAGACCUUGCUCCUUCAUGUGCUGGAGCUCUGUUUGGUGUUAUGAACACUUGUGGUGCAUUCUCAGGGGUCCUCAUGGUAUAUUUUUCUGGCUAUCUCAUCGAGGCGACGGGCUCAUGGGCCUCAGUGUUCGCCCUCAUUACCACAGUCAACCUGCUGGGCCUCUUCACCUUUCUGGCUUUUGCUGAUGCGCGCCGGGUUGAUAUUGACUCCAGUAAGGGCCGCCACCACAACAUCCACAUCUAAUCCGUGGGACCAAAAUAUUAUUCCGGAGGAAUGUGUUACUUGGGCCAAUCGGCAGCCACGAUGUUAUCUACGUUGGAUAAUUAUCCUAUGGAUAGGAAGCAGCACAUUGAUAGAAACCUGCAGACAACAUCUGCCAAAGGUUUGAUUGGGUCUGUGUCCGGUUAAGCGAUUACUGUAGAAGUUACUGAAAAGCACACGGCUGAGAGUGCAAAAUGUUACUGAAAAUAUUUAGUGAUGCUCCAGCCUUGAAUCCUGGGUGCGAACAGUUCAGAGGAUGUAGCCUUGGGAAGAAUGUGGGAGGGUAAAACUUGCAGGAGAAAAGUCUGUGCUGCCUCCAGAUCACAGUUGCUGGAAAACUGUUUACGUGUGUCAUUUUUUUAAAGGCUGGGUUACUCAGUAGUAGAAAAAUCAAAGAGAUUGUUAUCUGAAAGCCGUAGUUCCCUGUUAAGGUUUGUGCGUGUGUGUGCGGGUGUCAAUAAGGCCAAGAGAGUGAAGGCUCUGGGGCUCUGUGACAGCGGCGACAGACAAAGGUGGUGUAUUCUUUGUAUGUUGCAGAGAUGGGGGAGGUGGAGAGGGUGACCCAAGGAGAGUUCAGCUUCUUGUACCUGAAGUCUUUUAUUAGUACGCCCCUCUCACCCAUCACUGAGAGAAAUGUCUGUGUGACACCUCAUUACCCAGCCACUAAUUACUUGGCAGGCACUCUAAUGUCCUGUACGAUUUACCUUCUGUGAUCCUCGUUUCCAUAGUAACAAGCCGAUCUUAUCAUUUCCCAGAGUGAGAAGAAGCUUUAAGGCAGCAAGGCUGUAAGCACUUUCUCCGACUGUUUUUUAAGAAGUGUUGCGCGUUAGAAGACCAAAGGUUAGCUGUUAUUCUUUUGCUAUAUAAUGGCAUACAAUAUAAAUGUAUUAAUAUUUUUGGAGUACUUUUGUAUUUAUAUGACUCAGACUUUCAGCUUUUCUUUUGUUUGCUUUUUUUUUUAAGGAGAGAAAAAGUAUAUUUAGUUAGAUGCCAUAAAAAUUCAGAUUAUUGGGUGAAAUAUCAUAAAAAUCUCGUUAGCAAGAUUGAGUAUAUAAAACCCAAAUAAACUUUGUUUUGUUCCAUCUUUAUUUUUUGUUUUGUUGGAAAGUAACUUAUCACUGUUAAUUUUGUGAAAACUGCACAGGCAGAUAAGAGGAAAUGCCAAUCUUUUAUGUUGAGGGAUUUAAACUCAAAAGCUUUGUUACUUUGACGCUAAGCAGUCAGUGAUGUCGGCAGCUGGAGUGGAGAGAGCACAGUUAUGAGCUUAUUUGUUUGUCAUGCUGGUGUCAGAGGUAGAGACUCUUCACCUUUGUUAGAGCAAUUUUAAAUACGCUAGCCUCCAGGUUACACACUUGAAUGUUGCAGCAGGCGAAGAACUUAAAAAGGACGCCUUGGUUUCUGUGCACUCUCUGACCUGUAGUACGUGUAGCAAGUUCAAACUUGCUGCAUCAUUUUGAAUGUCAAAGUGAAGGUUUGUAGAAUUCAGCGAUGUAUUUCGGAGCACAAUGUCAGAGUUGUACUGUCAAUGUUUUCACGAUUACAAUGCUGGGCUCUGCUGUGGCUACAUAUGGAAGAUUUUUGCAUAUCUAGAUCUUCACUUGAUAUCUGUACUUUUCAAUAUCUAUGCAUUUUUUUCUUUUUUCUUUUGUUCCUAAUUUCAGCAACAAAAAUUGCAAGAUACAAUUUAUUGUGGUCACAUAUUGUCACUUAUUGAUCAUUGUACAUUUAAGUAUGUGCCUUCUCUUUAGGAUUUCUGUUGCUUGUGUGUCACUUGUUUUUAUUUGCAAUCAAACAUGUUUUUCUUGGAUGUUUUUGGAAGACACUCAUGUGAAUCUUUGUUGAAAAAAUUCAGCACAGAUUAAUUGUAGGGAGUAGUUGAAUUUAAUCACCCUCUGUGUUUUAGAUGGAAGAUGCAAUUAUCCAUUCAUAAAAACAUAUACCCGUCAGCCACAGCAUUAAGUGCAUUAAAAUCGUCCGUCCUUAAAUGUGUACAGCAGCUCUGUUCUGGUGUUAAAUGGAAAACAGACUUCAGAGAGGGGAACUCCCCGUGGCGUCUGGAAUAAGGAUUUUCCUUUUAAUCCUCUGGGAACAAGACUUUUUAAGUGGAUCUCUGGUUAUCCAAUGUGUUUGAGAUCUCCGAUGUAUUCAGGCUAGGUCAUUUGAGGUCCUGGAUAUGUUCAAGCCACAACACCGCAAUUUUUGUGGCAUGGUUGGCAAUAUUGCUCCACUAGAGGAGGCCUCUUCUGUGAAGGAGUGUCUUAACUAUAAGAUAACUUUAGUAAUAAUAAGUUUGAAACAUUUGCUGUUAGGAAAUAUGAUCUUUCUUUUCCGUUAUUCCGUCUCUAUGUGCUGAAGAGAUUACCAGCAAUUCAAAUAUGUUUGCCUCUUGCCAGCCUUUUGUCGACAAUCAAUACAUUCAUGCAUUUAUUUUUCAAAUAAAUGCAGACUCCUGAUCUCAUCACUAGAAGACUCUGCUGUUGAACAGUGUUUUUUUUUAACGAUCAGAAAAUAGUUUUAUUCAUCAUGCAGACUCUGACCUGCAGCAGAUCAAGGGUAACACAUCACUUCUGAGUGAAACUGCUCUCCCCACCCAUAUUGCUGGUCUGGAUCAUGUGAGACUGAGGUUGUGUUGAGCACUGUGCAUGAAUUUGGUAACCAGACAAGCGCUGCAAACAUAAGAGCACUCAGAAGUUGUGUGUAUAUUGCCAGCUGCAUACUGCCCUUGAUGGUGUUGCACUCAAAAGUGUCCAUUUACUAGCCACCCUGUGUGGAAAUAUGCCGCACAGGGUUUUAUAGCACAUCAGAUUAAUGGAUAGCAACAGUUUAAACUUUAAUUUUUAACUAAACACAUACAACACACUUUACAUAAAUAUGUCUUAUAACUGGUCACUCACCAACACCAAUCGUUGCCAAAAGUGUUUCCUUCACUGUAAGUGGUUUUAAUGUUGUGGCUGACAUUUGCACCACAUGUAGUAAUAAUUCUAUCUAUUUAUAAAACAGCACUUGAAAGAAUAAUCUGGCCGACCAGGACAUAUUCUAUGCUUGUCUCGCCUUUUUGCAGACACCCAGCAUUUAAGACUAACUUCAUCGCUCUUCCCCUUUUUGCUUUGUCCCGUUGUGUUGACGACCUGAAUCAUGUACACAUUCAGGUGAUAAGUGGCAUUAAGUUUGUUAUCCAACAUCUUAAUGUAGGUUCCUGGAAGUCGUCUGAUAUGUAGUUUUUGAUAAUAUGUAACAUAUGUAUGAUAAAAUGAGGCAUAAAUGCAAGGAAAUGCAAUAUUCUAAUGCUUUCAAAAUAUGUUAUAUUUAAAGGCUGUCGACUUUGAAUAAAAAUAUAUUUUGUCAACGUU